AUGACUGACAUUUCUGUAGGAAAAAUAUAUCAAUUGGCAUUAGCAACUGGGGACAAACUCUGUGAACAACAGAAGUUCUUCAAAGGAAUGCUGAAAGGACAGUCAAAGCUGAAGCAUGUCUGCAAAAGGCCCCAUUUGAAGAUAAAGUGCAAAGACGAUAAAGAUUGCUCUUGUUCUACCAAGAGAAAAUCUCAUUAUCGUCGAUUCAGAUAUCUAAAAGAUUCUUAUUCUAGGAGAAGAUCCAGAAAGCCUUUCCUGAGAUACUUCAAAAGGCCCAGGCCUUAUUCAAAGAAAUCUUACAGGUGCUAUCUGUGCAAGAAAAAAGGACAUUUUGCAAAAAAUUGUGCUAACAAGACAAAGAAAGAUGUGAAGAUGCUCGAACACUUACAGACUGUUCUAAUGAUCAAUGAAGAUGAAGAUAUUGAAUUUGUGAUCAAAGAACAAGAUGCUCGGGAUGAAGAAACAUAA